GAACCUUUAGUAGGAUGCGUAAGAGCAUCAAAACCUCGUGCUAAUACAGCGAGAUUCACAGAUAUCUACCUGAGUGAUAGAUGGCAGUCUAGCGUUUCAGAAGAACGAUGGAGGACGGUCAACGAGGCUUCCUUUAAAACAGCGCAAGCGUUAUUGUCCGAAUUUGGGUAUUGGAUUGAAGAGAUGGCGGGGAAGAAUAAGAAGGGCGGAGGAGGUGGGGCCCCAUCGAAACUCUCCAGGAAGAAAGAUGGUCAUGCGAAAAGUAAGCAGAAAUUCGCAGAGGAGGUGGUGCUGAAAUUCGCAGGAGUUGACAGGCUUUCUUCAAAAUUGUUUGAUCUUCAUUGUCACAGUACUUGCAGUGAUGGCCAUCUUUCUCCAGAGUUCGUGGUCGCCAGAGCUUUUCGCAAUGGGGUGAAGGUGUUGGCCUUAACAGAUCAUGAUACAAUGGCUGGAGUACCAGCUGCAAUGCAGGCUGCUCGAAAGUAUGGAAUGCGGGUGAUACCAGGCAUAGAAAUAAGUGCCAAAACUGUUCAUAGGAAAUCAGGUAGGGGAGGAGCUAUAUCUGCUACUACUGAAGAGCCAGUUCAUAUCUUGGCAUAUUAUGGAUGUUGUGGUCCUUCAAACUGUGGGCAACUUGAAAAGAAACUUGCUGAAGUGAGAGAAGGGAGGUUCAUCCGCGCAAAAGAGAUGGUGCGCAAACUAAAGGUGUUACAGAAGCCCAUCAAAUGGGAGAAUGUGUUACGAAUAGCAGGAGAAGGUGUGGCACCAGGACGACCUCACGUUGCCCGCGCUUUAUUUGAAGCAGGGCAUGUCGACAGUGUUGGACAAGCCUUCACCAAAUACCUUUACAAUGACGGUCCUGCUUAUGCAAGAGGCGCCGAGCUUCCUGCAGAAGAAGUGGUCAACCUUAUCCAACAAACCGGUGGAGUAUCAGUUCUUGCCCAUCCCUGGGCAUUAAAAGAUCCAAUCCCCUUAAUUGAGCAACUGGCGAAUGUCGGUCUUCAUGGGGUGGAAGUCUACCGCAGUGACGGUAGACACCCAGUUUUUGGUUCAGUGGCAGAAGCGUGCAAUCUUGCAAAAAUUGGAGGGUCUGAUUUUCACGCGAGAGGAGAUCCCGAAGAAACUGAUUUAGGAGCCAUCGCUCUUCCUGCCGGCGCAUUGCAUGAAUUUUUGAAACUCGCGGACCCUGUGUGGAGCUCAGCAGUUGAAAACAUCCUCCAAGACUUUGCUGAAGGCAAAUUAGAAGGUAUAGGAAAGGACAACGAAUCUUGUUUAAUGGAAAAGGUGGAAAUAUGGAAAGGAGAUAUAUGCUUGACCAACGUACAGCUACCUGGAGAAGAGGAAGAAGUGAUGUGUCUGAGACUCUCUCCUUGGUUGACCGAGGAAGAAAGGCAGAUGUUGGAUAAGGUGGCUUCCAAAUUUGGGUUAAGAUCUACACUUCUAAAAGAUGAAAAUCAUACGGCUUUAGCAGUCUACAGACAAUAGCUUCAAGUUGACCAGGUUGGACUGACAAAAGCAGAUGGCUAUAUCAUCCCAUUUAUCAUGGACUCAUAUCGCGACACGUCUGAUUUUCAUGAAGGUCGCCAAGUCCAUGACGCAGGACGGGUAGGUAAAUGCACAUAUGAUUAGCCGAGGAGAUAGUGUUUUAUACCCAAUCGGACGUCGUUUAGAAUACGAUGGUCGAUUGUAGGUAAGAAAAUUUGAGUGGAAAUUCAUAUUACUGGUUAGGGAGAGAGAAAUGUCGUCUCUAGUGACGUGAUUGAUCUGUACUGCACACAGAAAUUGUCUGAUGUUAACAUUGAUAUAGUGCCUGAAGAGUUAUGUGACACCUUGGUAAGGGUAUAAUCGUGCGCGUUUUUAAAGCCCGUAUUUUGUUGUCGAUGAGACAUCUAGUUGCUAAGAAACCUGGCCAACCAUUGCGGG